CAUAGCUACUAUAGAUAAAAAGACAUCAAUUAUGACACUGCUUUGCCCUCUGUGUCUUUGAUUGCAAUCUGAGUUCAAAGGUUUUGAAGAACCAAACCAUGCUGGGUCCCUAGAGUUACGACAGAGGGAGAUAAUAGGUGGGGGAUUACAGCAAAAGCGUGGAGGUGAAUGUGGAGUGGUUGUUGCAGUUGCAGAGUAUGGAGAACAGUAACAUCUUGUUUACCGCGUGAGCGGCUCGUGCAUGCAGUUCCACUCUUCAAUCUCGAGGUGGCUUGGUUGGUUUGUUUUCUAGGUGACAACACUUUUCUUCUUCCGCCAGUCUCUCUGUGUCUUGAAUCGCUUGGUUCACUGCACUCGGAGAACUUCUUUUGUUUGACCUUGGACUUGGUGUUGUGGCCAACAUUGCAAUAGGGUCGGUGAUAGCUUUGAAUUCAAGAGGGUAGCGUUUCGCCUCAAAACGGUUUUGGCUUCUUCUUGUGUAUCUUCUAGGUUCUGCUUUUGAAUUUACUUAUUCUAUUGUGGUGUUAUUGGGGUUUGAAGAAUAAAUUAUACUUCUUUUUUUAUUUUAAGUAUUGGGAUCCUGGUCUUUAGAGGGUUUCCAACAUGCCAACAAGUGUUGUCAUUGGCUGUUUUGUUGAAUUUCUGAGAGGUUCCUCGUACUUGGUCCCUGUUUGUGGUGGUGGCAUUUUAUAUUCAGUUUAGUUUUUCUCCAUCAGCGAGAGAAACUUGUUCCCUUGAUUUUGGGGGUGUGGUGUAUUUAAGGUGUCGCAGAAGCAGGGGAAGGGUUGGAGGUGGCAUUUUCUCUUCGUAUGUGGGACAUUUGCGUUUGAUUGCAAGCUAUGCUGGUCUCUGAUGAGGGAGAUUUUGAUGUGUUUUUUGACUCAGUGGAUUGUUUCUCACCGACCCAAGGGUCUGCUCUGACAGAACAAGAGUCGGGUUAUGAGAUUUGGGCGAAUGAGCCCGUGAGCGUGAAGGAAAGGAGGGGAAAGUUUUUGCAGGGGAUGGGGUGGCAUCAUGGUUCUUCCGAGCUUUGUUCUCAAGAGAAUAAUAAUAUGAUGAAUUCUGAUAGCUCAUCAGUGAGAUUUGAACUGGAGAGGACCGGCGAUAGUGAGGAAGUUUCGGAUACUUGUAGUUGUAUUUUGCCUUAUGAUCAGGUUUCUGAGGAGUUGGUUCUCUCGGGAAGCGAAACAACUUCUGAGGAUCAGAAAGGAGGCCCCAAAGAUAAACCAGAUGCAAGUUUAGAAGGGAAGAUUUAUGAGGUUUCUUUCACAGAUCAAGAGGUUAGACAUAGAAAAGCUGAGGCUAGAGAGGAAGAGAAGAAAAGUUGGUGGAAACACUUUGUAAGCAACAAAAAAGGAGGUUGGGGAAAAGUCAGUUCAAAGUUGAAUUCAGGGCCAAAUAAAACUCGUAGAAUAAAAGUAAAGCAGAAUAAGAAGAGGUGGAUGGAGUUCAGUGCACUGUAUAUUGGGCAAGAGAUUAGAGCUCACGAAGGCCUGAUUUGGACUAUGAAGUUUAGUCCCAAUGGCCAAUAUCUGGCUAGUGGUGGUGAAGAUGGUGUUAUACGCAUAUGGCGUGUGACAUCACUGAAUACAUCUAGUAUCUGCUUCAAUGCAGAAGACAGUGCUGUUAGCAAAGUGAAACAUGGCUCCUCUGGUUCUCAGCAGAAACACUCAAGCCAAUCCUUCGUUGUUCUUCCUAACAAGAUUUUGAAAGUCGAGGAAUCACCAUUGCAUGAAUUUUGUGGUCAUACCAGCGAUGUCCUGGAUUUGGCUUGGUCCAAUUCUGAUACUCUCCUUUCUUCUUCUUCGGAUAAAACUGUUCGCUUGUGGAAAAUUGGCUGUAAUGAAUGUCUGAGAGUUUUCCAUCACAAAGACUAUGUGACUUGCAUUCAAUUCAACCCGGUUGACGAAAAUUUCUUCAUCAGUGGUUGCAUAGAUGGCAAAGUCCGAAUAUGGGGUAUCCAUGAAGAGCGAGUUGUUGACUGGGCAGACAUUCGAGAUGUGAUAAGUGCUAUAAGCUACCGACCAGAUGGACAAGGUUUUGUAGUCGGUUCCCUCACAGGCACUUGCCGCUUUUAUGUCACCUCAGGCAAACAUUUCCAGCUUGAUGCGCAAAUUCGUGUCAAUGGAAAGAAGAGAACGUCUGGCAACAAGAUAACAGGCAUUCAGUUUUCUCAGAAAAACCAUCAGAGAGUUAUGAUUACAUCUGAAGAUUCCAAAGUUAGAAUAUUGGAAGGCAUUGAACUUGUUCAAACAUAUAAAGCUCUUCCAAGGUCUGGAAGUCAAAUGUCUGGUUCAUUUACCUCUGGUGGGGAGCAUAUAAUUUCAGUAGGAGGAGACUCUCGUGUGUACAUGUGGAACUUCAAUGACUUGGGAAACACUUCUCCAAAAAGUACAAAAUCCAAGUAUUCCUGUGAGUACUUUGGCUCUAAAGGGGUUACUAUUGCAAUACCUUGGUCUAGCAUGACUGCAGAAGAAAGAGGUUCUGGCAAUGAUUUCGCCCACUAUUCUUCAGAAAUGCAACCCCAACUAGAAGCUGCUCAUGGUGUUAGGGAAUCAGAACGUUUUUCUUUUGGAAGUUGGUUCUCCAUUGAUGGUACAUGCAGGGGUUCUGUUACAUGGCCCGAAGAGAAGCUUCCUAGUUGGGAUUUACCUCUUGCAGAAGUUGAAUUUGAUCACCAGAAGCAAAAAUACGUAUCAGAAACAUGGGGAUUAUCCAUUGUGGCAGCAGGUUGUGAUGGAACCAUAAAGACAUUCCAUAACUUUGGACUUCCAAUUAGGCUUUAGAACACUGGCAUGGCUUUGUGGAGUAUAAAGUAACUGCUUACUUUGCAUUCAAGGUUCUAUGGUUUUGGCUUUCCAUGUUAAAGGUGGUAAAAGAUGGAGAUUCAUAGAAGAGUUUGAGGGCCUUGGAUUCGUAGCAUAACCUACAGAAAAAUUGAGGCUUUGAGUAAGAAAGAUGUUUAUCUGAGCAGUGUUGUGCUCAACUACGACUAUUCUCAUUACUGAAUUCAUGAUACAUGUCAAACAUUGUUGACAUAUUCCACGAGUUUGUAAAUUUACAGUUUUAGUAUGUCACCGAUUUAAGGUGGUCUGCUUGUAGAGUCAGGCCACCAGAACCCUCAGCUUUCUUAUUGUAACAUUUAUUUUUGUGAAUAUUAGCUAACUUAUACGAUAGGUAUAGAUUAAUAAAAAGAAGAAAACUCAAUUGAA